GCUAUCGUAGACAAGCUUCCUCAGCCGAACCUCGCACUAAACGUCAAUAAAAGCAUCUAUACAUACUACCAGGAUUUCAUCGAUACCUUCAAGCUACCACUUGAUCAUCCAGCCGGGCACAGAGUAAACGAGGAAACAACGUACCAGCCAGUAACAACGCAACUUUUUUCUUAUUUCCUCACUAAAACUGAGCAAAUGUUCAACGAUUCUACACACACUUUUAGCUAUAUAAAACUGUAUGGAAACUGCGUGGCGAACACUAUUCUGCGCAGCUGCGGAAUCGAAGCAUGGAACUUGGUGUACAAAAUUCUGAACAACGUUGCGCAUAUCCUGAUGCCUAGCUGCACGUUGGAUAUCGUCACCGAGAGGCUCGUUUCUGACUCUGCCGACGUAGAAUCACAAAGGUUCACAGUUACUUCGAACAAGUCACCCCUUUAUCGAUCAGCUGCAUCUUACCGGAGCACUUCAUCGUCAUCAAGUAAAAUUCAGUUGUCUUUCGUUAUUCAUCUACCGCUGUAUGAACUGCUUGUAUUCUAUUGUAUGACUGUGAAAUGA